UUGCCUACUGGGAUUUGUAAUCAUUUCAUCCCCAGCCAGUACCUGUAUCACUUGUGCACAAACAACACAACACAGGAUCUUGUUUGCAUCAUUUUGCAUCGUUUAGCUGCUUGCUGUAGUGAAUAGUGAUCGUGAUGGCGUCCAAGCAAUCUGCGAAGAGAGCGGCGGCUGAAAAAAUGGCUGAAAUUGAAAAAGAGAUGGUUUCUAAGAAAAGUAAUAGCGGCAAGACUCUGAGGGUAGCAGCCAUUGCACCUAGAUCGCGAGUAAAAUCCGAAACUGAGAGCGACUCAGAACAAGAAAUAGUCGUAAAGAAAAGCGGAUCCAAGCGACAGAGAGCGACGGCUGCUGCUGCUGCUGCUCCAAGUACAUCGAGUGCAAAUGUGGCCGAAAAAACCACCAAGAAAAAAACAACUAAGGCAGAACAAGCUCAAUCUGAGCGGAAGAAAGUGAGAGUUGAACCUGAAAGUGACAGUGAUUCAGGAGCCAGCACUAGUCGAGACAAAGUUCCACUAUUGGAACAAUCUUUGGAAAUUUAUGCUCCUCGUGCCAGAAAACCAGUAGACCAAUUUGAUGCUGUGGUUCUGAGGCAAGGAUCGAGGCAGAAGUUUGAUGUUCAAAUCACUAGAGGCAAAGGCAUAAAAAUUGAAGAUAUUCCCAGCAUCAGUUAUGAAGUGGAGAAAAGUGGGUUGGAUGACCUGAAAACCCUGCAUCGUAUUAUGUAUUCUCGCAUUGGGAAUGUUGAGAACGUGAAGGACAACAUUCAAAACUUCAGUGGAUUUGCGUUCGACAAAGAUACGAAACCGUUCCGUAUGACUCGCACUGCUCUCACGAAGCUUACAAUGACUAAACUGAGAUGCCUAUCGCAGAUGCUUUGCUUGCCAAAAGAAGGGAAAAUUGCUGACUAUGUCGAGCGCAUUCUCCAGUUCCUUCUAAAACCAACCGAUACAGGACUGGCUGCCCGAGAGUCUAGACCUGAGCGCAAAGGCGCUCAUGCCAAAUCUUACAAAGAAGCUGCCAGUACUGAUGAAGCAGGUCCCUCUCGUCCAAAGAAGAGAAGCACUAAAGCGGUGGAAACCACUCCUGAAGGAUCAGCUGAGGAAGCUGAAGAAGAAGCUAAAAAGCCCAAAAAGGGCAAAGAUACAAAGAAAACCAAGAAAGUAGAUGAAGAAGACAUAAAAAACGGACAGGAAGAGGUUCAGGCUGAAGAUAAAACGUCGAAGAAAACUGCUAAGCUGCCCAAAAAGCAAAUAGUAUAUGCAGAUAUCGAAACACCUCCCUCUUCGUCUCAGCCCAAAGAAACCUCUGGAAGAAAGCAGAACAACUCGAAAAAAGCUGACGAAGAUUUGCUCAAAGCUGCCGAAAUUGCCGAGAAACAAGAGAGAAUUGAGAAGGAACUUAGAGAAGAGGAGGACAGAAUCGAGGAGAUGGAGACGGAUGGAGAGACGGAAGUUGAAGAGGAGGUAGAGAUGAAGAAAGAACCGGAACAGGAAGAAGUUCCGGAACCGGAAGUUGCUGACAAAAAGAACAAAGUCCGUGGUCUUCCGACAGACGAAGAACUGAAAGUUUGUAUCAAAGCCAUUUUGGAUAAGGCCAAUCUGGAGGAGAUUACCAUGAAAACUUUAUGCCAACAAGUCUACGAGCAUUACCCCGGCCACGAUCUCAGUAUGAAGAAAGACUUCAUUAAGUACACUGUGAAAUCGCUGAUUUCAUAAUAACCAGGACAAUGGAGAAUUUAAUUUGUGAAGAAGAACUGGUUUUGUUAUCCAUUAAUUUUUCUAUGUUUAUUAUUCUGUUUGUGUUUAUUUUUUACGUGUUCAUUCUCAUUACUAUAGAUGUUGAUCGUUUAUUGAAGAAACUCAACUCUGAUGUGAGGUUCGAGAAUUUGUAUUUCAAAGACUUAUAAUGUGAUAUGUGUAUUAUGUAUAUUAGGCCACCUUAUUACUCUUUCCUGUAGACUCUCACAUUAUUGUUUUUAGAUCUAUUCAGUACAUUUUCUCAUUAUUCAUAUUCUUUCUCAUUAUUUUUCUCUCCAGAUUCAAUCAAUUUUAUUUUUUGACAUUUGGCACAUUCGCAAAUAUGAAGUAAGAUUUGAUUCCAGAGUCACUUAAUAAUCUGGAAAAUAUUAUCUGUAUUCAGUACUUUCUCACCUUGAUAGUAUUUUUUCAACAGAUAAUCAUUUUUUAUAUUUUGACAUUCGUAUAUGUGAACAAUCACUUGAACAAUUGAAUCGCUUGAUUUAAUAAUUCCACAAAUUCAAUGAGAAUAAGUAUUGUGUUAGUAUUGUGAAGGUUCGUCACAUUAAUUUUUUGAAAGCUUUAUCUAUAGUUUAAUCAAAAUUCAUUAUUUCUUCGGAAUAUCUAUCUAUGUUGUUCCUCGAGUGUUUUUUAUUUUAUUUUAUUGAGAGUUUAUUAAUAUUAAGAUAAUCUAUUUCUAGUGGCCAAGUUUGUUUAAAGUACUUAAUAUUUGAUUUAAUUAUUAUUCAAGUAUAAAAAUGCUGCGCUUUCCUAGUUGCCCUCUUUUCAUGUUGUUUGCAACAAGAAAUAAUGAAGAUCUUGAGGUCGGUAAAGACUAACGCGCCACGAACACGCUCAUUUCAUUUUUAAUCAGUUGAUUCAAUUCUUAUUAUAUCUGUAUUUGUUCAAAAACCGUAAGAUACAGAUAUAAUAAGCAUAUAGCAUUAGCUGAUGAAAAGUGAAAUGCGCGUGUUCAUGACGCAUCAGUCUGUCCACACAUGAAGAUCAAGUUACCUUUUGCUUUUUCGCAGCUAUAAUAAUUUCAAAUAAUUUUUCGUGUCUGAAAAAGUAAAUGUUUUCAGUUUUCAUAUUAUCAAUAUUAAUCAUUAGUAUUAUAGAGAUUGAUGUUGUGAAUGUAAAAAGUUAAUUUUCACUUGCAAAAUUGAAAACCUAAAUCCUUCAGACGCGAAAAUUACAUUUUUACUGUAGCAUUUAUUAACAAAUAUUACUUGAAUUGAAAAAAAUAAUAAGUGGAUAAAUAAUAAUAAAAAGUACUUUGAAUUGAAUGUACAUUUUGUUAGUAAUCAACUUCUCAUCCACUUGUUAUUUUUUUUUUAAUGUAGGGCCUAAGUCAUGUUUCUUGAUAAAUGUUACAGUAAAAAUGUAUUUUUCUCGUCUGAAGAAGUAAACGUUUUCAGUUUUUCAUAUUAUCAUAUUAAUUUUUGAGAUUGAUGUUGUGAAGGUGGAAAAUCCACUUGAUCUAUACUUUUUUGUAAGUUAUAAACUUCCCAUCCACUGAUUAUUUUUCUCAAUUCAAGUCAUGUUUCUUGAUAGAUGUUACAGUAAAUAUGAUAGAUGUUGUGAAGGUGAAAAACCAAUUUUCACUUGAUCUGUACUUUAUUUGUUAGUUAUCAAUUACUCAUUCACUUAUCAAUUUUUUCGUAAUUCAAGUCAUAUUUCUUUAAGUAAAAAUGUAUUCAAAUGCUACUUGAAAAUAUAUGUGUAAUAAAAUGUUUACAUUAA